GUACGCUGAAGAACGGCUUCCCUUCUUUUUUUGGAAAAAGCUUAUUUAGUUCCGCUUUCUUUAGAGCUUCAAUAUACAAAUUCUUAACUUAAGCGGUUCUUAACUUAUAGAAAUAUUAAUCAUUUACAGUGGACAUGAUGCUACAAAUAUUAACAGGUUAAAUAAUGUAGAUAAGCAACAUAAAAUGGACAAAAAGGGGAAUAAAAAAAUUAAACUCGUUAAAGAACAAUAGUUAAAGAACAAAAAACGUAACGUUAAUAAGCAAAAAAAAAAAACAAAAAAAAAACGUAACGUCAAACACUUCAAAAUCACAUGAUAUGGAAUAAUUCAUAGCCUUUUUGCUUUAACAGCCUGCCACCCUGUGGCGAGCUCAAUAAAAUGUGUAUGUAAAUUAUUUUAAAUACUUAAUUACUACUUAAUAUUUAUUAUAAUCAUUAUUUUCUCUCCGGAUUAGUUUGGUUCACUUUCACGGACUGACCUGCGCGAUGGGAGAGAGCGGUUGUUAUAGCAACGGGAAACAACUAAACGAAACUUUCUCGCGUGUACACGAAGUCAUCCGAAGCUUUAUACUAGAACGUAGAGUUUUAAACAUUCCUGGACAUUUCCACAUUACAAGCAUGAUGGUCCCGACUGACUCCUUGCUGAAGUAUGAUUAUCCGGUGCUGGUGAGCAAGAACACAGAGAGGAAGUCUCCAAGGAGUCGCCCUUUGAAAGUGAGUCCCCAAAAGAUGGUUGAGAGCGGCCCAGUGCCUCCUCCACCCAAACCCAAGAGCCCCUCAGCGGAUCCCAGCAAACAGCAGACUGAAGAGAUCCUGAAUGCCAUUCUACCACCAAGGGAAUGGAUGGAGGACAACCAGUUGUGGGUGCAGCCGGUGUCCAGCGCUCCGUGCACACGCAUGGACGUUAUUCAUUUGCAAGAACAGCUGGACAGAAGCCUGCAGGAAAGACAGGCCAGAGAGACUGGCAUCUGCCCUGUGCGCAGGGAGCUCUACUCUCAGUGCUUCGAUGAGUUAAUCAGACAGAUCACCAUUAACUGUGCUGAGCGGGGCCUCCUGCUGUUGCAAGUUAGAGACGAGAUUCGGAUGACUAUCGCUGCCUAUCAAACACUGUACGAGAGCAGCGUGGCCUUUGGCAUGAGGAAAGCACUUCAAGCAGAGCAUGGAAUGGCUGACAUGGAGAACAAGAUUUUAGAGCUGGAGGGUGAGAAGCGAGAUUUGGAGAGGUUGUUGAACGAGCAGAAGGCUAAAUGUGAGGCCAUCGAGAGACGGGAAGCAGAACGGCGGGAAAUUGAGGAAAAGAAGCAUGCUGAAGAGGUUCAGUUCCUCAAACGAACUAAUCAGCAACUCAAGGCACAACUGGAGGGCAUAAUUACACUGAGGAAUAAGGCCUAAAUAUUAUUAGAAUAAUAAUACACUUACUCUCAUACCCUUUUAAUGAAUAAAACCUUUAUCAAAG